CUUGUUAGUCUUUCGCCCCGCGAAGUUACGAAAGAGCAGAUUCCCACCCCCACCCCGGAGCUGUAUAAAGCGCUCCCAGCCCUGCGCCCUCCGGUCGCCUCCUCUCCUCUGUGCGAGCGCUCGGGCUAGAAACCGGCUGACUGCGGGGGUCUGCGCUGCUCUGAGUAGGAUGGCUCAGACGGGGAGAUUCCUGGCCUGGCUGCUGCUGGUGGCCCUGGGCCUGCUGGGCUGUGGAUGCCAAGCGGAGCGGGACUGCAGAGUGAGCAACUUCAGAGUCCAAGAGAACUUCGACAAGGCUCGCUAUACUGGCACCUGGUACGCCAUAGCCAAAAAAGACCCUGAGGGGCUGUUCCUGCAGGACAAUGUGGUAGCCCAGUUCACCAUAGAUGAGAAUGGACAAAUGAGUGCCACCGCCAAGGGCAGAGUCCGGCUGUUUAAUAACUGGGAUGUUUGUGCUGACAUGAUUGGCUCCUUCACUGACACUGAGGAUCCUGCCAAGUUCAAGAUGAAGUACUGGGGUGUAGCCUCUUUUCUCCAGAAGGGAAAUGAUGAUCACUGGGUGGUCGACACAGAUUAUGACACUUAUGCACUUCAUUACUCCUGCCGCCAACUAAAUGACGAUGGCACCUGUGCUGAUAGUUACUCCUUUGUGUUCUCCCGGGACCCGAAGGGAUUGUCACCUGAGGUACAGAGAAUUAUCAGGCAAAGGCAGGUCGACCUCUGCUUGGACAGAAAAUACAGAGUUAUUGUCCAUAAUGGAUUCUGCUCUUAAGGAGUUUUGAAACUAUGGAAGCAAAUCAUGUAACGUCAAUAUGGAUGUAAAGUUUACAAAUUGACUGUUUUGUUGUAGACCUUUAAAGCAGCUUCAUUUAAACUUAAAAUAUAUUUAUCUGAGCUCUGUAGCUCACCCUGUCAAUAAACCAAUGAAACUUUUAAUAAACAUGGAUAACAGGGAAUGCA